UGUUUCAUCUGCUCCACUAGAAGAAGAGGGAGAUUCUAAAGACAGCUGAUGUGACAGCGAUAAAGUUAUCAGCAUGUAGGUAUCACAGAUAAGAACUAAUAUAAACUAAAUCCGAAAUAAAUUGCAUGUGUCUCUCACAAGCAGUCGAACGGGAAUGGUGCGAUGGCGACGUGAGCUGCGCAGUAGUUCGAAUCGAACCUCUUCAUGAGCGCUGGGACUUAGUGGAGGCGUGUGCUGAAUUACUCAAUGCCCAAUGGCAACGCAGCAUGGGGGCGCGAAUUCACUCGCUCCGCCAGUCGAGCCACAGCUAUCCUGUGUGUCUCUUGCUGCUGAAGGGGGAGAGGCGGAGUCAAGACGAGAAGGUAAUAGGCCACGCCCGCUUGUCCCGCGUUCUGGGGAGCCGUAGUUUGUUUGUGGAGUCGGUGGUGGUGAGCAGCAUGCUGCGAGGGAAGGGAUACGGCCGUAUCCUGAUGGAGGCUGUUGAACGCUAUGCCAAAGGACGGGGCUGCACCCGAUUGUGCCUAACCACCCAUGAUAAGCAACACUUUUACGCUCAUCUGGGGUUUGUGCUAUCCAAACCUGUCCAAAGUGUUGGGACGCUGGCCUCUUUCAUGCCUAUGGAGGUGCUGCACAAGUUCUGUAGAAGCACAGAGAAUGAGGAGGAAGAGAAGAAGUGUGAUGUUAAGUUGUUUAACAAUCCUGCACCAUCUACACCUUCCGUUUUACCGCCGCCUCCACCACCUCCUCCUCCUCCUCCCCCACUUUCCUGUCCUCCUCCACCACCUCCUCCCCCUAUUUCUGCUCCUCCACCUCCUCCUUCUUGUCCUCCGUCAUCCUGGGCUCCAGUAAGUCAGACUUUGGAGCAAACGCCGUACACAGACAACAGAGGGUUGCCCAUCUUCUGGAUGCACAAGGACAUCUGAAACUCAUGCUACACUCCUUUAGUCUGGAAUUAUUCAGGGAUACACAAAGAGUGAACGUCAGCCUGUUUGAACUGUAUUAACUGGAAAUACUGUGACAAUCUGAAUGUGUCUUAAUCAGAGUUUACUUUGUUUUAACGGUUAUUUUAUUUUAUUUUUUAAAUGAAAGGUUAAUCUUUUAUCACAACCCUCUAAAAGAAAUGUAUUUGCUGAGAUUAUCUGUAGCUUUCAAAGGGUUUUAUCAAAAAUAAAAAUGCUCUAUAACUUUUCAA